AAGCUCCUUGUGCUACUCCACUGAUCUGUAGCUUUGGAAGGCCAGUGGACCUGGAGAAGGAUGACUACCAGAAGGUUAUAUGCAACAACGAGCACUGUCCGUACAGCACCUGGAUGCACCUUCAGUGCUUCUAUGAGUGGGAAAGCAGCAUUCUCGUCCAGUUCAAUUGCAUUGGCAGAGCCAGGAGCUGGAAUGAAAAGCAGUGUCGCCAAAACAUGUGGACAAAGAAGGGAUAUGACCUGGCUUUUCGCUUUUGCUCCUGUCGGUGUGGGCAGGGUCAUCUGAAGAAGGACACUGACUGGUACCAGGUGAAGCGAAUGCAGGAUGAUAAGAAGAAAAAAUCAGUGCUGGAGAAGAGCACGGGAAGGUCAAUGGCAGAGUCGGCGGAAGAGGCCAAAAAGGGCAGGCCAGCCAACAAGCCGCAAAAAGGCUUGAGUCACGACCUCCAGCGAAGGCACUCGAUGGACAGGCAGAACUCCCAGGAGAAGGGUGUCAUGGGCGGCAGCUACGCCGUUCGCUCGCCUUGUGUCUCUCCCGGCCAGUCCCCACCCACUGGCUACUCUAUUCUUGCCCCCACACAUUUCAGCGGCCCUCGUUCCUCGCGAUACUUAGGAGAGUUUUUGAAGAACGCCAUUCACCUGGAGCCCCAUAAGAAGAACAUGGCUGGCGGGGGCAUGUUCAGGAACGCGCAUUUUGAUUACGGGGCAGCUGGCUUGCAAGCACAUAGAUCAGGACACUUUGAUGCCCCCGUGCAGUUUUUGAGAAGGCUUGAUCUCUCUGAGCUGCUUACUCACAUCCCCAGGCAUAAAUUGAAUACUUUCCAUGUGCGGAUGGAAGACGAUGCCCAGGUGGGCCAAGGGGAGGACCUUCGGAAGUUUAUCCUUGCUGCUCUUAGUGCCAGCCACAGGAACGUUGUAAACUGUGCGCUAUGCCACAGGGCGCUGCCAGUGUUUGAACAGUUUCCGCUGGUGGAUGGGACCCUGUUCCUUAGCCCAUCGAGACACGAUGAGAUUGAAUAUGAUGUUCCCUGUCACCUUCAAGGAAGGCUUAUGCACCUCUAUGCUGUUUGUGUAGACUGCUUAGAAGGGGUUCACAAAAUUAUCUGCAUUAAGUGCAAGUCCCGAUGGGAUGGAAGCUGGCAUCAGCUGGGAACUAUGUAUACCUACGAUAUUCUGGCAGCAUCUCCCUGUUGUCAGGCUCGACUGAACUGUAAGCACUGUGGGAAGCCAGUAAUAGAUGUACGGAUUGGCAUGCAGUAUUUCUCUGAAUACAGCAACGUCCAGCAGUGUCCUCACUGUGGAAAUCUAGACUACCACUUCGUGAAGCCAUUUUCUUCAUUUAAAGUUUUGGAGGCUUAUUGA